AAGAACCAAUUCAUGAUAUCGAAGAAAAACAACCAGAACUUCCAAUAACAUCAGGUGAUGAUGUUGAUUCUGAUCCUAAUCAACGUCGUAUAUCUCGAUUUGAAUUAAAAAGACAACCAUCAUUUGAAUCGUUGGCAUCAUCAAUAUCAACAGCAAGUAAACCAACUAAAUCAUCUCGUUAUGAAAUAUUUAAUUUAACUCAACCUGAUGAAUCAAGUACAGAAGAACCAUUAAAAGCUAAAAUAUGUCAUUUACGUAAAAGUAAACAUUAUGAUGGUUAUGGAUUAGUAUUAAAAUUUCAACAACAUCUUCAUAUCAUUGGUGAAGUUGAACAUGCAUCACCUUCAUAUCGAGCUGGUCUACGUGAAAAUGAUGUUAUUUUAUUUGUUGGAAAAACAAAUGUUGAAAAAUUAGCACAUGAAGAUAUUAAAGUUAUGAUACGUGCAGCAUCAUUAGCAUCAAAUCAAGUUGAUUUGACUGUUAUAUCCAAAUUAGAUAUUCCAGAAUAUAAAACAUUACAAGAAAAAGGUUUAAUUGACUGGUCAAUUAUGGGAUUGGAAAGAUAA